AUGAGUGCAAUCAAUCUCGAAGAAGUCCACGACUUCUUGAUCCAAAUAGCCCACGACGCCGGCAAGAUGAUCUCCACAGCCAAACCCGUCGCCGCCGGCAGCGGUCAGAAGAAGAACAGUGCCGAUCUCGUGACCGAAACAGACCAAGCAGUCGAGAAGAUGGUAGGCACAAAGCUGCGAGAGCGCUUCCCAGAGUUCGCCUUCAUGGGAGAGGAGACGUACAAAGACGCCGACAAGCUCACCGACAAGCCGACUUUCAUCGUUGACCCCGUUGACGGAACCAACAACUUCUUUCACGGCCAUCCGUAUGUCUGUGUCUCACUGGGACUGGCGAUUGAGAGGAAGCCGGUGGUUGGUGUGAUCUACAAUCCGUAUACGAAGGAGCUGUAUACAGGGAUUAAGGGCAAGGGAAGCUUCUUGACUGAUGCUCAGCAUGAUCAUGUCCGCCUGCCGCUGAAGGACCCGGAGCCGCUGAAGGAUUUGAGCCAUUGUCUGGUUGCUGUUGAAUGGGGCUCUGAUCGCGAUGGAGACGACUAUGAAACGAAGGUCAACACCUUCCGAAACCUGUGCGCGAGCAAAGAAAGUGGCGGUGCUAUGGUACAUGGUAUCCGCUCUCUUGGGAGCGCGGAGCUGAAUCUAUGCGGUGUUGCAGCGGGUCACCUUGACGUCUACUGGGAGAAUGGAUGCUGGGCAUGGGAUGUUUGUGCUGGAUGGGUCAUCUUGGAAGAGGCCGGUGGCCGGAUGGUGGGUAGCCAAAAGGGCGACUGGAAUCCCUCUGUCGACCAGCGGAGGUAUAUGGCUGUGAGAGGCGGCGAAGAUCAGACGAAGAUCAUCGGGGAGUUCUGGAGUCAUGUUGAUGGACUCCUAAACAAAGUAAAAGACAAGGUCACGAGCGGCGGCUCUGGCGGCGGAUCAGGUGGAGGCGCUGGCGGUGCUGGCGAGAAGUAUAUCAACGAUGCCACGCACAAAGUGACGGACCAAGCCACCGACCGUGCUGGUCUGGGGGACAAGUAUGAUGAUAAAAUCAACAAGUUCACCGAUAGCCAGACGAAUAAGCAGAUUUUCGGAGGCAAGCCGAAUUGA